CGUCGUCGCGUCUUUCGCGCGAAUGACGUAACCGCAGCGGCAUCACAAGCAGCAAAAAUGGCCGGCGCCGUGUGGGCCGAGGACGAGAUCGGGCGCAAGUGGGACCGCUGCUUCACGGACGCCAUCCUCAAGCUGGGUGGCGGCGUGAUCCUGGGUGGAGUGUUUUCUCUAUUUUUCUUCAAAAGAAGGAAGUGGCCCAUUAUAACCGGUGCUGGUUUUGGAUUAGGUAUGGCAUAUUCCAAUUGCGAGAGAGACCUCAACGCAUCGAUACGUCCAAACCUUAGAAGUCGGAAACUUGAAGAAAAGAAAUAAUUAGAGCAAAUUGUAAAAACAAAAUUAAUGCUAUUAUUAAGCUAAGAUAAAAAUUAUAAUAAAGUAAAUAUCUUUACUGUAAUAA